UGUACCCAAGUUUGCGGCUGAGUUGAAUUGAGACGUUAAGUUGAAUCGGAAGAAAAUUUUUGGAUAAAUCGAUGAAUCGCGUCAAAUAAACUCGUAACAUUGAGAAAUUACAAAAUGCAAAAUUCAUACUCUUGGUCAAGUCCAGCAACUACGAGAGAGGUAACAGUUGUUGAAAUUCGAAACCCAAUCAUACAACAGAAGAAAAAUGGAAAAAGAUAUACUGAUUUUGAAAUCUGCCUGAAGAGUAACAGCAAGGCAUUCACUAUUGGAAGGUCAUCUGUAAGAAGAAGAUAUUCUGAUUUUGUUUGGCUACGAAACUGGUUAAGUGAAAAUAACGAAGGAUUCUCAAGUAUAAGGAAGACUCCAUCUCUGCCACCAAAGAAACUAAUUGGGAGAUUUGAAGUUGAGUUCAUACAAAACAGAAUGAAAGGAUUGCAAAGAUUUUUAAGGAAGGUUAUAGAGCAAAAUGUGUUCCUCUCAGACAAGGCUUUGCAUCUCUUCUUGCAGAGUAAUUUAAGUGUAAAACAGAUUGAGAAUUAUUUAACUGGUAAGCCUGUGGAUGACAAUGAUUGUGUCACUACUCAAAAAAUAAUGAAUGAUAAUGGGAACAGUUUACAGGAAGAAGUUGAUCCACCUGGUUUGUCUCGUUCAUCAACAGAAAAUAUUACAUCACUCCAAAGAAUCACAGAAGACAGUGAGAAUUGCUCAUCAAUUGACUCUGAUACUGUUAUAUGCUUUGGAAGUGAAGACUCUAGCCCUGUGGCCAAUGUAGUUGAAGGUAGCACAAGGAGGGGUUUGAAUGGACAGAAAGAUAACUUUAUCUGUGAAAGCUUUUCUUCUGCCAAGAAGCAUACAAAUGAGGAUACCGUUGGAUCAGCUGGUUCUGACAUGUCACAAACUUGUAGCCCAAGUGACUUAGAUUUUGUUUUUCAUAAGCCAGUUUAUGGUAGCACCAUGUCCUGUAGAACUGACAAGUCUGAAGAGUUGGAAGAUAUUGAUUCAGGUACAUGCUUCAUUGAAAGCAAACCAAUGGAGUGUCCACCAAAGUUUUCUCUGUCAGUUGAUACAUUAUCUGUUGGUUCUUCUCCAGAGGUAUCUGACCGUGGUCUAAUAGCUGCUGUGCCAAUAAUUCAAAGUUACAGUCAAUGACUGACAUUAAUCUUAGUAGAUUGUACUCAAGCGUUCAAGGAAUUGUCACCUUACAAACCUUUUUGCCUGUUUUAUCUCAUUAAAUGUAUUAAAAUUCCAAUUUUGUAGCAAAUGUAUCAUCUUAAAACAAGUUUUGUUUGCCACACUAAUUAUAUUUCAAUAACUCUUUGAGUUUGACCAAUAAAAAUCACUGUUUGUUGCAUACAGCUCUAAAAUUUAAAAACAAAAUAUGUAAUGUUCUGCUUUGUUGUGCCAUCCUUAAAUUUUGUGGUACCAACAAAUCACCAUCUGAAAUUAAUUACAUACAACCCAUGAAAGGUAAUUUCCAAAGUACCAUGUCCUGCACUGGAGCAUUAGGUAACAUCCUAAUUCUUCCAUACCUUGGAUUCAAUCACCAAUUACUGUUAUGAAGUCAUACAAUGAGAGUUAAACUAUCUUAUACUGUAUGAAUGACACUGCCUAACAGGUAUCAAAUGUAAUGCAUUCAUGAUCCCUUAUCUUCUUGUAAUUGAACUUCAUUGUACCUAAAAAUAUGCCUUGCUUAUAUAGUUUGAACGGAAAAUUAAUACUUAAAUUAUGUUGUUAUAUUCCUUUGCCUCAAAAGGUGAAUUGUCUAUCAGCAGUUCAAGAGCAUAUUAGGAGUAGAAUAUGCAUACAACAUGUGGUAUGGUUUUAUAAGUGAAAAUAUCCAGUUUAAUUGUAAAUUUAGACAAUUAAUUUUUCUGAAUAAGAAUUUUUGUAAAUAUAAUUCGAAAAUAAAUAUGAUUUGCUUCU